AUGCUGCGCAAGCUAGAGGACGAUGGCUUGGCCCCCGCAGGUACGCACGCGGGUGCCCAUGCUAUUUCCGCCCUGUUCGCCGCGACCGACAACGCUGAGCUGCGAUCCAAGAUCGUGGAUGCGUACGUGUAUGGCCUGCGAGGCGUCUACGGACUGCGAUGGGUUGCGGUAGUAUCCACGGUAGCUUUCACAGCUCCAGGAGUUGAGCGUGCUUAG